ACGCGUUGUUGUUGCUUGCUUCGUGUUGUUCGUCUUAAGGUCAUUUUUAUUGUUUCGUGUACCUGCGUGCAUUGUUGUUGUGAAUCGGGUAGUGUGCGAGGGCCUCAGGCAGAGAACGCUGUUAGCAUUCUGCGCGGGGCAACUGGUGGGCAUGUAAGUGUUUGGCUCGCUGUCGCAAACCCCGUGGCUGUAAGCAAUGAGGAAUUUUCAAUCGCCCCAUUUCAACGAUGCGUUGAGCGAAAACGAGGACGAGGACUUAACAGUGGACGACCCUUACCUGCUGGAGCAGUUUGGUGGUCCGGACGAACAGUUGGGAGAGAACGAUACGCAGCAGAGCAUCGAUAUGGAGGACGAUUCGAACAACGAUUCCAACGAUUCGGAUUUUACGAUUGAAGCCGGAAGCGAUAAUGAAGAUGAUGGAUCCGAUGCUUCCAUGAGUAAUGAAGAUUCUGAUCCCAGUAUCGAUGGCAGCAUCUCUCCCACUGAGCCGUCGACGGAGGACGAGACGGACACCCCCCAUCGUGCUAUUGACGAUUACGAUGAAGAGAUGGAAGAGGACGAGGUGGUGAAGGCAAUCAUUGCGGAAAUUAAGAAGCCCCGUUCGAAACCACCCGACAUCCAGACCGACGAUUUCGUCAUCGAUCUGUCAUUUCACCCCCGAGAGGAUUUGCUCGCGAUAGGCACGUCCGUUGGCGAUGUGCUUUUCUAUCGUUAUGGGAACGAGGAGAACAAACUCGAGGCCACACAUGAACUGCACACGAAAUCGGUGCGUUGUGUGGAGUUUUCGCGCGAUGGGCGAUCCCUGAUCACGACCGGCCGCGAACGAUCGAUAGUGGUGACGGACGUCGCGACGGGCAAAAUGACACACUGCUGGGAAGCGGCACACGAGGAACCCGUCUACAGUAUGGCCAACAUCGGCGCGCAAACGUUCGCCACCGGUGACGACAACGGCACGCUGAAGCUGUGGGACGUGCGCCAGAAGGAGCCAGUGUUUUCGCUCCAUGAGGUGGAAGACUUUAUUUCGUCGAUCUGCACGACCGAUCGGAACCAAAAGUACCUGUUAAUGACGAGCGGUGAUGGAAUGCUGACGGCGAUCAACAUUGCACAGCGACGGCUUUACAUUCAAUCUGAACCUUACGAGGAGGAAAUGAACUGCAUGGGGUUGUUCAAGCGCGCAAGCAAACUGGUGGUCGGUACCUCAAAGGGCAACUACUACACGUUCAACUGGGAGCAGUUUGGGUACCAUUGCGAUGCGUUUAGCGGACCGAAACCGAGUGCCAAUCGGAUGGUGCCGAUCACCGAUCAGAUUGCGGUGAUGGCCGGUGAAGACGGAGUUAUUCGAGCGAUGCACAUGAUACCAGGCAGGAUGCUGGGCAUCGUUGGCCAACAUUCGAUGGCGGUCGACACGAUGGACAUCAGUGGCAGUGGGGAGCUGAUCGCGACCAGCUCGCACGACAAUGACGUGCGGUUCUGGAAUGUAAAAUACUUCGAAGACUUCGAUGACAUCCAGUGCAACAGCCGACCGGACAAACGGGCCAUGAAACACAAUUUGCCCUCUUCGCAGCGUACCAAUACGCGCGAUUUCUUUGCCGACAUGAACGUCGAAUAGAUCGGCGCUCACGCAGCAUUUCAAGAUUGCAGGAGCUGGCAGUGCAGCAGAAUCAACGAGGAAUGAAUGAGAUUGCGUGUGUGCCACUGUCCCGUAGGCGAAGCAGUCGCAAUGAUGAUUACGGUCGCAAAACGGUUGUUGCGAAAAACCAUGAAA